GGCCCCGAACAGUCAAAUUAUCUGAGACUGGAGAGAUGGUGAGUUGUAAAGUUUUGGCGCUACUGUUGGCAGUUCUGCUGGGAGUAGCUGCAGCCCAGCAGAAGGAUUGGUGGGAGACUACAGUGUUCUAUCAAAUCUAUCCGCGCUCGUUCUAUGAUUCGAACGACGAUGGUGUUGGAGAUGUGAAAGGAAUUACAGCGAAGUUACAGUAUUUGAAGGACUCCGGGUUGGAUGCUACGUGGCUGAGUCCAAUCUUCAAAUCUCCGCAGGAGGAUUAUGGCUACGAUAUUAGUGAUUUCCUGUCGGUGGAUCCACUGUUUGGUACUAAUGCUGAUCUGGAGGAACUGUUCGCGGAAGCGAAGAAAUUGGGAAUCAAAAUUAUUCUCGAUUUUGUUCCGAACCACACAAGUAACAUGCACGAAUGGUUUAUCAAAUCAGAACAGAGAAUUGAACCGUAUACGAACUAUUAUAUUUGGCACGAUGGCAAACCGAACGGAGGUGACCGACCUUUGGUGCCGAACAACUGGCAGUCUCUGUUUUACGGAUCCGCGUGGCAAUGGAGUGACAUUCGCCAGCAGUACUAUUUGCAUCAAUUUGCAGUAGGUCAACCGGAUCUGAAUUAUCGUAACGAAGCUGUGGUUAAAGAGUUUGACGAUAUUCUGCGCUAUUGGAUGGCGAGGGGUGCUUCUGGAUUCCGGGUGGAUGCUGUUAACCAUAUGUUUGAGGUGGAGGAUCUACGCGAUGAGCCGAUCAACAAUCCGGAUGAUCCGAAUAGCUACGGGUACACGCAUCACAUUUACACGAAGGAUCUUCCUGAGACCUACGAGGUUGUGGGUCGCUGGCGUAAAUUGAUAGAUAAUUACGUGGCUGCAAACGGACUUGAGACAGUGAUCAUGAUGACGGAGGCAUAUGCCAAUCUCACUAUGACCAUGAAGUACUAUCAGUCGGAUGAUGGAAGCCCAAGAGCACAUUUCCCAUUCAAUUUCGCCAUGAUUGAAGAUUUAAGCGACUGGUCUAAUGCCUAUGAUUUCAAAUACGUCAUUGAUCGAUGGUUGGGCAACAUGCCCAGCGGAAAAAUUACGAACUGGGUCUUGGGGAAUCACGACAAACCUCGUUUCGCAAGCCGGUAUGGUCGUGACCGUGUCGAUGGAAUGGCACUUAUGCUGAUGACUCUACCUGGAGCUGCUGUGGUGUACAACGGUGAAGAAAUCGGUAUGGAAGAUUUCCGGGACAUGUCCUAUGAAGAUACCAGGGAUCCACAGGGUUGUAACCUUGGUCCAGACGGGUACAAGUGGGCUUCGAGAGAUCCACAGCGAACGCCCUUCCAGUGGAAUAAUGGUUACAACGCUGGAUUCUCUAAUGCUGCCAAGACAUGGCUUCCAAUGCACCCUAACUACGCUAGCAACAAUCUUCGCCAACAGCAGGAGGCAAGUAUCAGCACGUACAAGUUUUACGUUGAUGCUAUAAAACUUCGCAAGGAACGGGUUUUCACACAUGGAGCAUUCCAAUCGUACGCCUUCAACAAUGAAGUAUUCGGUAUAGUUCGAUACAUCCAUGAGCACGAGAAUCGGUACCUGGAUCCAUACAAUGCUGUGCUUAUUAAUCUGUCUGGAAGCGAGCAGAAGGUUUACGUUCAUCACAUGUAUGAGUACGCCAGUGAGAGCGCCACCGUUAAGUUGUCUAGUAAGCAGUCUUGCUACAACGUUGGAGAUAGUGUUGGAACGGGAGGUCUCACACUUGGUCCGUACGAGGCCGUUGUGAUCGGUAAUUGACGAAGUUUUAGCUAUCUUGAAUGGAAGGUUAAAUAAAGUUUUCU